CUUCGACUGCUACUGCGAAACACAUGACAUGGCAUGUUGAGCACGAAACCAACGAGGGUAUGAUGGCUCACCCUUCGGACUGUGAAGCCUGGAGACACUUUGACCGCUGUCAUCCUCAGUUUGCUAUGGAGCCACGAAAUGUGCGGCUGGGAUUGUGCUCAGAUGGAUUUGCUCCUUUUGGCAGGUUUGGCAAGAACUAUUCAUGUUGGCCGGUCAUGUUAACUCCUUACAAUCUCCCUCCCGACAUGUGCAUGAAAAGUCAUUUCAUCUUUUUGUCUUUAAUUUGUCCGGGUUCCAAGGAUCCUGGGCGAAAGAUAGACAUUUAUCUUCAACCCCUUAUUGAGGAGAUGAAAGAACUGUGGGCCGUUGGGACACCAACUUAUGAUGUUUCAUCAGAUAAAAUGUUUAUCAUGAAAGCUGCCAUCAUUUGGACCAUUAGCGACUUCCCUGCCUAUGGCAUGCUUUCGGGAUGGAGCACACACGGUCUGAUGGGAUGUCCGAUAUGCAUGGAGAAAUCAGGUGCCAACUGGCUCAGUUACAGCAAAAAAGGAAGUUACUUUGAUUGUCACCGCAAGUUUCUCCCGGAAAGGCACCGAUAUCGAAAGGACAAGAAGUCUUUCAUUAGAGGCAGAGCGGUACGAGAGAGCCCACCCCCGAGAUUGACCGGUGAAGAAAUUUAUAACUGGGUUCGACGUUUUCCUACGGCUAUGGAAGAGCCAAACCAAGAGCCAUAUGGGUAUUGUGAUACCCAUAAGUGGACAAAGAGGAGCAUAUUCUGGGAGUUGCCUUAUUGGAAAGACCUUCUCAUCCGUCACAAUUUAGAUGUCAUGCACACUGAGAAGAACGUCUUUGAUAAUAUAUUUAACACGGUGAUGGAUUUGAAAGGCAAAACUAAAGACGGUCUUGCAACUAGGAAAGAUAUGACUAUUUGGUGUGAUAGACCCGAACUUUCUGUUGAUCUAGAAUAUCAGGGCAAGGAAGUUCCAAAAGCAGUCUACCAGGUCACAGAACCACAAAAGGCAGCAAUAUUAAAAUGGCUUGCGUCUCAGAAGUUUCCAGAUGGCUACUGCUCCAACUUGUCUAGAUGCGUAGACAUGAACAAACUUACCACGACGGCGAGCAUGAAAACUCACGAUGCUCAUGUAAUAAUGCAAAGACUUCUACCAAUUGCACUAAAAGAGAUGCUCCCUGAACACGUAUGGUCCUGCAUUACUGAAAUCAGUUUGUUGUUUCAAUCGAUAUGUUCCAGCGUUUUGGAUGCGGCAUCCCUCCGGAGACUACAAGAGUCUGUUCCCAUUCUGAUGUGUAAUCUGGAAAAAAUAAUGCCACCAUCGUUUUUCGAUACAAUGGAACAUCUCAUAAUACA